AUGUCGCUGCAAGAUCUACCUUUUGCGCUCGCGGAGCUCAAUUGGGACAAGCUAGGCAUCGUGAAGAAAACUUUGAAGCUCUCAGAGGAGGAUGCUGUCCAUGUCAUGACCCAUGUGCUUGGGGAACCAAAGAAGCCGAAAACAGGAAAGGUUCAGCCCAAGAAAAAGCAGACCCCUUCGGCAUCUUCGACCAAGAAGCCAAAAAAGGUUAAGGCGGUUCAGAAAACAGCAGCCAAGAGCGCAGCCAAGUCCAAAAAGCCAGCAAAGGCCAAGUCAGCUGGAAAGGCAAGCAAAAAGGCAGCUGAGAAAGAACCCUUAACUGAUGUGGGACCAUAUGGGUUUGGAGAAGAAGGGGAAGAAGAACCACAAGAAGUUGAUGAAGUUUUUGAAGACCCUGAAGUGACGCGCAAGCGAAAGGAACCUAUCGCUAUGCCACCUCCUCAUGGCAUUCCUGGGCCAUCAAAGAGGGUUUCCAAGCCGAAACAUGAGCCUCCUGUGGUGCCUAAGGAUCCUGCACAGCCAGCAGCCGUGGUCGCUCCAGCUGCUACUCCACCAACUCCAGCCUCAUUGGCCCAUGGUGCUGGUGAGGAAGCUGACACGCAGGAGAGUACUCUCUGGUCAUGUGCUACGUUGCAACAGGGCAUCAACUUUGUGAAUGGUCCACAGUUGGCUGACACCCAGAAGGAUGAGGAUGAGAUGUCGAAUGCUACCACGCUUGGAGUCAGCGAAGCUGCGGCUAAUGAUAUGCAAUCUUUGCUGGAUGCUUCUUUGGCCCGUAUCAAAGCUUUGGAGGACCAGCUUUCAAAGGCAAGUUCGGGGGCAUCUUCGCCUGCACCUGCAGGCCUUCGACGGUCUACACCCUUGGUGGAUAUUUGCUCUCCUUCGGAGGACUAUCCCGACAACCAGCUGGGACUCUAUCCUGAAUCUCCAAUUCCUACACCAGGAGGAGAAAGCCAUGCUCCAGCAAUGCCUGCUGUGGGUGGAUCUGAGCCCUUGGCAGCUACCACCAAGCCUGCCAGUGAAGCCCCAUUGGGGGACACCCAGAUGAUUGCUCCUGCAGGAGCUGUGGACGAGCCUGAGAAGCAUGUGGAAAAGGUGCCAGCUGCAACACUGGCAGCAGAACCCAUGCAGUCUGAAGGACAGGCAGCAGAAGCUACGCAGCCUGAUGGACAUGUCGAAGCAAAGCAGCCUGAUGCCCAGGCAGCAGCACAGCAGCCUGAUGCCCAGGCAGCAGCAAAGCAGCCUGAUGCCCAGGCAGCAAAGCAGCCUGAUGCCCAGGCAGCAAAGCAGCCUGAUGCCCAGGCAGCAGCAAAGCAGCCUGAUGCCCAGGCAGCAGCAGAGCAGCCUGAUGCCCAGGCAGCAGCAAAGCAGCCUGGUGGACAUGUUCCAACUCAGGAGGCAGAAGCGAAGGAGCCUGAUGUGUCAAUGCAGGCUGUUGGAUCCAUGGCAGCAGACCCAGCUGCAUCGGCUGGUGGCCCCCCGGAUCGAACGUUGGAGCUCAAUGGGCUUCAGGCCCUGAUGAAAAAUCAAAAAAAUCGGGAAGCACUGCAAGAGCAGUUGGCACUGCAAAAUGCUGAGCAAUUCCGAGCGCAGAAUCCGGGACCAAUCAGUAUCAACACUCCUCGAGUCGAAGAUCGAAAGCAGCUGCUUCAGCAGUGGGUCAACUCCGGUGGCAAUGCGCAGAGCAUUGAAGCGGAUUUGGUCUUGAGCAAGACGCGUGCGAACAAGCACCAAAGCAAGCGCGAGCUCUUGACCACAUCCGAGAUGCAGCGGAGGGAGAUCCCCAUUGAGAAGAUUAGGGCAAUUGUUGCCCGUGGGAAUGGAGUGGCUGAUCCAGAUUGCCCACACAUUCCGAGUUUGACAAGGUUUUGGGUAUCUACCUCGACCACGGAGAUCGACACCGACGAAGUGAAGCAGGAAGCAACUCUGCGCCUUCAAGCUGAUGCGGCCAGCACCAUUGGCCUUAUGGGGGCAAACCAGUCUUCGACUGCCAGCAGUGCCCUGGGAGCAGACGGCAUGCAGCAGAUUCUGCAAAGCCUGCAGACUCCUGCUGUUGAGGACACAGGACUGCAUCCUGAUUUUUUGCUAUUUAUGUUGGUCAAACAUUUUCACUUUGGGCUGCAUGCAUGUCCAUUUAAGUGGACUAUAUACAUGUACAUAUAUAUAUAUAUGUAUAUAAUAUAUAUAUAUAUACACAUAUGUAUAAUAUAUAAAUACAUAUGUAGAAUAUAUAUAUAUAUACAAGUAUGCAAAUAUAUAUAUGUAUAUAUAAUAUGUAUAUAUAUAUAUAAAUAUAUGUAUAUAUAUAUGUAUAUAUAA